GGGAGAAAACGGGAGACCCCCCUCCCCAACGCGCCUUCCCGUCCGAUCGAACCGCAAGCAAACCGGGGGCGUAGUAACCCUGCGACAUUCGGGAAGUGCUGUCUCAAAAUAGAAUAAAAUGGAGCUGAAAGGAAAGGUAGCCCUCAUCACAGGCGCGUCCGCGGGCAUCGGGCUCGCUUACAGCGAAGAAUUACUAAAACAAGGAGCAAAGGUUUCUCUUUGCGAUAUAGAUUCCGAAGUCGGCGAACAGGUGGCUGAUGAACUGGGCGCCAAGUAUGGCCGGAAGAACGUAUUGUUUUGCCAGUGUGAUGUCACAGACUAUCCGCAAUAUGAAGAGGCGUUCGAAAUGACGAUGAAGGUGUUUAACCGGCUGGACGUCGUGAUCAACAACGCUGGAGUCAUGAACGACCGGUUCUGGGAGCUCGAGGUGGAUGUGAAUUUGAACGGUGUGAUACGUGGCACUCUCCUGGCUUACCGGUACAUGGGGAAAGACCGCGGGGGCCAGGGUGGCACUAUCGUAAAUACUGCGUCCACGGCUUUCGCUAGGCCGCAAGUAUCCACACCCAUCUAUACUGCAACUAAUUAUGCUGUUGUUGGACUCACCAGGGCAUAUGGGGACCAAUACCACGUGAACCUGACCGGAGUGCGGAGUCUGGUGCUCUGCCCGGGGCUAACGGACACGGGGCUGGUGAAGGAGAUCCGGAAGCAGCUCAUGUCAUCGGAGUACGAGGCGGCCUGGCAGCGGGACAACGGCAAUAGCAAGGCGCAGAGUGCGGAGCACGUCGGCCGAGCGCUAAUAGAGAUCCUGACGAAAGGCCAGAGUGGCUCGGUAUGGAUAGUGGAGAAUGGGCAGCCUGCCCGGGAGUGGCGUGGUUAACUGGCCCACUAGCGUCAACGGCUUUAAUUAUACCAUCGGCUGAAUAAUCCUUGAUAAGUGUACAGACAGGCCUGAUACAGGUGAAGCGGAUAUGUGUGUUUAUUUUAAUCUCAAAUAUGUACGUACUGGGACUCACUCUCGCACCACUGCCAUAAUACACCAUCUAUCUAUUAAAAACACUUAUAAAACUUUGAAAAUAAAAUGUUUAUCAAGGAUAUUUUUCCGAUGUAUUAUAAUUAAAAACAAUAUUGCAUGUUUGCAAUAGCAUUGAAAUUCACUUGUAAUAAAUAACGAGAUGGAUAUAGUAGGUAUGCCUUCUCAGGAGGUAUUUUUAUUGCGUACAUACCUAUUGCAGUCCAAAUUAUUAACUCAUAUAAUACCUAUUAUGGUUUAGUUUUUAUUUGGAUGAAAUUGAUGAUAAUUUGAUGCUGGAGAAAGAAUCAUCUUGUAUUCUGUUUUGAUAAUAUGUUUUUUUAAGUUAAAUAAUUUGGACUCUAUUAUGUAAUGUAUUUUCCAUCUCAAGGCUCAAGAAGAGGAUUUUAGACUUAAAAUGCGUGUGUACCCCACCCAAUGCUUGUGAAACUACUUAUGAAUAACUCAAUAAUCUUCAGACAGAAGUGGUUGUGUAAAUAUUUUAUUCCAGUAGGAAUAGCCUCAUAAGAGUCAGCAUUUAUAUUUUAAGAAAAUAUUUUAUAAUAAAAAUACAUACCAUAUAUGUAAUAUAUUGACCUAGGUAUAAGUCACUAGUAUAUCUUCCUAAUAUAUGUACGUAAUGGGAUUUAGUAAAGCUUAAUUUACUUAAGUUGCCCAACAUUUAAAUAUUUAAUCAAAUAAACAAGCCCCAACUUUUUGAUGGCGUUUUUCUUCGAGGGCCGGAUAUGCCAUUACAAUACACUACUAGGUAUGUAUCAAGAAAAUUUUUAUUGUAAACUUUUAUUAUGAGAAAUGUGUGUUAAAUGCUUGUAAGUUACGAAUGUGUAACAUUUUGUUCAUGAUUGGUACAUGUGUUUGUUGUAAGAUUUUUACUUUUGUUUUAAAUUUUGUAUGUUUGUUAUGUAGUUAUUGACUGAAUUAUAAUGCUCUUUAUGGCCAAUUGACGUGUUUGCAGCGUUGGGGACCACCAACGCUGCAUAUUUGAAUCAUUUAUUUGCAAUAAAAUAUUUAUAAAAAAAUAAUUGCUUUUUAAAUAAAAUCACAGAUUGGAAGAUUUGUAGUAAAUGUAUAUUUCCAUAUUAAUACAAUCACCAGGUACAGAUUUUACAAGUUACAGAUUUUUACAAACAUGUAUUUUGUCAAUUGUCUCUCAAAUUUAUCAUUUGAAAAGGACUUUUUGCCAAUAGUUUGUUUAAUGCACAAUAUAUUUUACAACAAAUGAUUCCAACUUAAGAAAAUUUAAUUAAACUAAGUCCUUUUCCAGAACAUUUACAACAUACUAAAAUUUGUGUGAUAAAACAGUGGAUUACAUCAGUUGCUCGAUAAAUUCUGGCAGUAAUCAAAAUGGCGGCGCCGACUGCAUAAUUUCAUAUACCCGCGUUUUUAUAACACUACAAUAAACUAUAAACUAAAUGGAGAUUGAGUUCGCUAUCGCCUCGCGGACGCAGCAGCGGCGCCGC